AUGUCAGGUCCAGAAGCUCAGUUGACAUACGAAAAGCCCGGCCUUGAACAUAUCGACACUGCCGCACUUGAGGCUGACCUUCCCAAGUUGCAACAUGAGGAAUACGAAUUUGACGCUGCUUUCGAGAAGCGAUUGGUGAGAAAGGUUGCUCACAUCCUAGCUCCUCCUCCAUCUUUCGGUAUUGGUACUUCGUCCAGCAGUCAGACUGAGCCAAGUCAUAAUAAUCAAUCUCGCUCUUUAAUUACUCCCCAGGGUCAGCUCAGUACACACAGAGAUCUCACUGUUGUCCCCCCUGACAUCAUGUCCUUACCUAACUCUCAGUCCCUCAACUCCGAAAUCCCUCCUGUGUCUGCCAUCGCUGUUGCCUCACCAGAGUCUGGGUCCUGGACUGAACUUGUGAUGCGAACCCCCGCAUCUUCCUUAUCAUCAGGACACGUUUCGGCGCCUGAUCCUUCUCCAGCGGUUCCAAAAUGGUCGCCCUCUCAUCCCGGAGAAGCCAUGUCUAUCGAUGAUCAGAUUAUGACAGCGAGACAAGAGGCUGCUGGGCGGCUCCGAAUUGUCAACAUCUCCUCCGAAUCGUACUCCGUGCCAAUUCCUUCCCCUCGAGUCUUAGAAGUGAAGGCACCCCGCCUCGACGCCAGUCUUGGACACAGCAUACGCCGUCUUGAUGGCUUCUGCCGUGUACCAAACCCCGAUCUGGUAAAUGAUGAUCGGUAUGAACAAUUUGAAGUUGCAUUCCAUCAUAUUCCGAAGGCCUUUGACUCCUUGCGCCAGGACUACCUCAUUGAGGCCCAGUAUAUCUCAAAAUGUGAGAAUUUGAUAGACCAAGAGGCUCAACAUGAUCCCUGCGAACUGUUUCUCAACCUGAGUGGCCGAAUCAAUCAGAUAAUUGAACACAAUCCGAUUCGGAAAACCUUCGAAUUCGGGGUAACCUGGGAUUACGUCUUCCAGCCCUGUGCUCACUCUGCCCCGGUCGCGGUAGAGAUACCCAACCUGGAGAAACAAAUAGUAGCGCCCACUCGAGCUCGAGCCAAAAUGACACUUCACAAGGAAAACCUACCGCCCAUGUUGCUCUUCAACAUUGUUUGGGACCUCCGAAGUUCUUCUCUGCAUCAAGUAAUUCAAUCAUUUGAUAUUCCAAACAUCAUCAACCCGGCUCAGAUUUCGGCUGUCCCUCCUACCAUACUCCCCACUAAUCUGCCAAUGUACAAACUCAAGGGAAUGCUCUGCCGAAAGGGAGAUACGGUCCAGGUGACCAGUGGCCACUAUGUGGCUCUGAUCAAGGAUGACGUAGCGUUGUGGGAGAUUGAUGAUGAGACCACUUCUCGCAUGUUUCUCAACAGGGACGCAUUUACUGGGACACGAUUCCCAGUCCUACUGUUCUAUGCUCUUGAAGAUGGCGUCAACCAGGGGGCCGGUCAACCCCUUGCCAAGAAGAGAAAACUGAACAAGUCGAGUUCCAAGGUGAACGAAGCAGCAAAAGGUUCUGGUGUUGGUUCAACACCUUCCGAAGGGCCGAAAGCUCAAAAUCAGGAAUUAAAGGGACCAGGUAGUCAGGCUCCGAAUUCGGAAUUACUUGAAGUUCGUCCUCCGAAACUCAACACUCCAAGUGAGCGCCUUCCGAUUUUGACCGAAAACCAACCUAUCCCAGCCACAGUCGUCCUCUCCAAGACCUCGACAACCAUCAGUGCCCCUACAGACUCCAUUGCAGGACAGCCAGACGUUGUCCUUCACAAGCCCGACCCCACCAUGUCCACAGAUCCCCAAAAUAUUGAGCUACCUGCCAACAAACCUCCCGAAACCAUGCCAUCUUUAUCAGAUGACGUAUUACAGAAGGGUGAAUCCCAGGUUGUGUCCGAAAGCCCCCCAGAAGCUGUCAAGUCCUCGGCCUCUUCGUCUGCAUCCAUGGACAUCGACCCACCAAGUGCCUUCCCUAUUGAAGUUCGAGACCCCUCUCCCGAACCUCUGGUCCCUAAGUACUGUCUACUUGAGAAAUCUCACCUUUCGGAUGAACUCGUCGAGGACCUAUCCCGCCAGAUUGAAGCUGGCUUGAGGGAUUCACCCCAAGAGGAGACCCGAAAGGGGUUGAGACUACAGGGUCUAGUGUCUACAUUUGAUGCAGAGACUUUGGCCAAGUUUCAUGGACGGAUGAAGUGGUACACAAACUUCGGGAUCGAUGAUAUUCUGCUCGGCUGGGGACAACUGGAAUCCAUACACACCUGGUGGUACUCCUUGGCUCUCACUUGGCAGAUGGGCAAUGGAGAAGGAAAUCACGUUGGAAUUUUGAUGGGUAAAUCACAUUUCGGAACAUUGGUUAUCUUCGGGCCUCAAAAGCUGGUAUUAAUGUAUGAUGGUGCUGGUGGAAUCUAUGACUCACCAGAGCAGAAGAAGCAAUGGUCUCAUCUGCUAGAGCGACGGCUGGAUUGGGAAGUGAAGAAAGGAAUAGCGACCGAAGCCGAGGCAAUGGGCUGGUUGGUUGCUGUGAACUCUCAGGCUACUAGGGACAGUCUUGAAUGGGCUACUCAAGUCGACUCUCAUAGCUGUGGACCUCUCUCAUGUGCAGCUGCAUGUCUUCUUCUCCAGGGAAUCAAACCUACCGCUUCCGCUCUUGGUCUGAAAUCAUCCAAUCUAGCUAGGGGCGAGAGCAGGAAGCUCCGAACUAGCGUGCUUCAAUUGGUGUUGGCAAUGGCUGCAAGGGAUCCAGCAAAUGAGAUUUUCUUCACUCCGAAAGUGAAGAAACAGCUGGAGAACCUCCCGAACUCUGCUCAUUUACAUGCAUAUGAAUAUGAUUUGGAUGUUACACAGGAUGAAAAAUCUGCAGGAUUGUUCAAUUUCAUAAGAUUGAAGAAGGGACCCCCGAAAGAUGCCCAUUUCGGUUGGUUGACUCAUAUGAGCCCUGGAACCAACAUAGUCCUAGCAGUCAAGUCUUGA